AUGAGUAGAAAAGGAGUUAUAGCCAAAAGAGUGAAGGCUGCUCCAGACGGCCAUAUCGAGAAUCAGCGCCAACCGCACAGUCCGGCUGGCCGAGGAACGAUGUUCCGCGCUCGGCCAAAACCAUCCCGCGGUCGGCCACGCCACAACGCCACGCCACGCCACGCCACGAACGCCUCGCGCCGCGCAACCGUAACGCCUUCCGUCCGACCCGGGAAACUAUGCCUCGCGUCCGGCCGAGAUUUCCAUCGGCCAAAUUCCUAUCCGCCGACCACGCCGGCCGACCAUAACAUCCGGCCCGACCGUUCCGACUCGGCCAAGACCCGACUGUCCGGCCGAUCGUCCCGACGACCGUCCGAACGCCGCGGUCGACCCGAAGCCGUUUUUGAAGCCCAAUCCGCACAAUUCAAGCCCAAAGCCGGCGCCGACCUAGCUAGAUUAGCACCUCUUGAGCGAACAAGAGAUGUUAGCCCUCAAGCACCACCACCUUCAUGGGAUAGUCCUCCAAGACCAUCCACUUUGAAGACAAAGAAGAAACUUCUUCCUUACCUUGAAGCAGCCGACCUGGAGACGUCUAGCCAAGCCGCAUCACACCAAGAAGAACACCUUCUAGCCACACCAGAAGAGGAGAUUAACCCUGAGCUGAUCGAGUUCGUGAAGAGAGAUCAAUUCCAUGAUCUGUUUUCAGAGUAUGCGCUGGAGCACAUAGAUCACUUUGACAACCUUUGUGAUUCCUAUGGAGUUUUUGACUUUGAGAAGAAGAUGAUGCUAUUCAGCACAUCACUAGCUGGACCAGCACUAGAUUGGGCGCAGCAUGAACCACCUCUACAAUCGAGUCAUGGAUCGAUUUUAGAGAAGCUUUCUUGGAAAGGUUUGCAAGAAGCCACCUUUCAAAUCCAAGUACCACCACUACUCUCAUCAGCUGGAAGGAGAGCGUGA